AUGUCCUACCAAAGUGUUGUUCUCGUCGGUGCCAGCGGAAAUCUGGGCAAAUUGACGAUCCCGAUUUUCCUCCACUCGGGCCUCAAAGUUACUGCCUUGAUCCGCAAGACAUCUGAAGCCACCUUCCCUGAUGGGAUUGACGUGGUCAAGACUGACUUCGAUCUCGGGUCAUUGACCAAGAUCUUGCAAGGCAAAGACGCUGUCGUUAGCUUUCUCCCCAUUGUCUCUCUUGCCAGCCAAGCUGUCGUUAUCGAGGCAGCCAUCGCCGCAGGGGUGAAGAGGUUUAUCCCUAGCGAGUACGGAUCUGAUUCUACGAACCCAGCCGUCGUGGCUGCUGUGCCCUUUUUCGAGGCCAAGAAGAAGUACAUAGACUAUCUGAAGACCAAAGAAGACUUUAUAAGCUGGACGUCUCUGGUUUCCGGUCCUUUGUUCGAUUGGGGUCUUCCUAUCGGAUUCUGGGGAUUCGAUAUCGCUCAUAAAAAGGCACAGCUGAUUGACGGAGGCAAGACUAAGUUCACUGCCACCAACGGGGCGCAAGUCGGUCGCGCUCUUGUUGCUACCCUUGCCAACCCUGCCAAGACGGCCAACAAGCUUGUCUCGGUAGAAUCCUUCACAACUACCCAGCUAGAGGUCCUAGACGUGUUCGAGAAAGCGACGGGAUCUAAGUGGGAACGAGCUGAUGUACCCGCUGAUGUACUGAGGGCGGAUGCGGUCAAGCUGCUCAGCGAGGGUGAUUUACUCAAUGGGGGCUCAAAGCUCAUCAGUGCCCUCGUCUUUGGCAAGGAAGGGUUAGAGGACCACACGCAUCUCGACACCGCUAAAUGGAACAAGGAGCUGGGUCUCCCAGUGGAGACGGUCGAGGAGACUGUUCGACAAACUCUUGCAGACCUUGUAUAG